GGACUUCCGCCUAUAGCCACGUGCAGGGGAAGUAAUCUUUUCCGCCUGCAGUCACGUGAACAGUGUUUUGUUUCGGCUUCGCUUUCCUUCCAAGGAGGGUCAAGCGCCUUCCUCUCUCCCGGCCGCCUGCAAGGGGGCAAAAGAGCCGCCUUUGCCUAGCUCCCGGGAUGGCGCUGCGGCUGUGCUGGCGCUGCGGCUCCUUCGGGCUGCGCUUGGGGCUCAUUGGCGCGCCUCCUGCACCCUCCGCCUCCCUCUCUCGGGCCCUCCGCCCGCCGCAGCCUCCUCCGCCCUGGCCGGCUCUGAGACCUCUGGUGUAUCAAUUCUCUACAAAAGCAAAUUCCAAAACUCUCCUCUCUGUCUUGGUCUCAAAAGUUAAAUGCGCAAAUGAGAAGUAUGAAAGGUUUUUGGAAAGAACAUUCCCAGGUUUCUACCAGAUCUAUUCAACCUUUUUGAAAGGGAUAUGCGUAUUCUAUUCAGAAGCAAAAGAAAUAAGAAGAAUAAAGGCAAACAUGUCACGUAAAAAUAUCCAGUUUUAUCAACUUCCGUACAGGGAGAUGGAGAGACUAAGACAGUUUCGCAGAGACCUAAUCAAGGUCCUUCCUGUUGGGAUUCUCUCUCUCCCACCCUUUGCCAACUACCUGGUGUUCUUGCUCAUGUAUCUGUUCCCAAGGCAGCUCUUGAUACGCCACUUCUGGACUCCCGAACAGCAAGCUGAGUUUCUGGACACCUAUCACAGCCUGAGGAGGGAGGCAUAUGCUGAUGUGAUUGAGGGUUUAAUACUUCUCUCUCAUAUCAUAGCUGAUCCACAGCUUCAGAAACAGAUGCUGGACCUCUGCAAAAAGGUGCAGAAAGGCUUUCACCCAGAUGUAAUGCAACUUAAAGCUGUGAGAGGCUUGUUUCAGGGGCAUCCUUUUGGCAUCCACAGGCUCGAGGCUCAGCAAGUGAAAACUCUAAGUCACGUCCUUUUCCUGACCCCUCGCCUGCCACCUUUUGUCUUGAGAUAUCGCCUGCAGAGCCACUUGUCAGAGCUAUACCACCUGGACCGAGCCAUGCUGAAACUGGGUGUCAGAGAGCUGACUGAUGAGGAAGUGCAAGUGGCUUGUUAUACACGUGGCUUGAAUUCUGUUCACUUCAGCCCAUCAGACUGUAGGCUCUGGCUGACCCAGUGGCUAGCACUCUCCUGCUCACUCCAAGACUCUGAGGUAUCCCUCUUGGCCCAUGGCAUGGUCUUGCUUUCCAGCAACUACACCUCUUCCUCCAAGGGCUAAGGGCAGCCCCUCCUGGACCACCUCUGAGGAGUUGCUACUACAGUGACUUUUGGCUGAAGCAGAAUGGGAAUUGGAUUUUUACUUCCAUUAAGAUGGCAAGAGGCCAGGAGGAGGAGCUUUUCCUACCACCACCUCCUCAAUGUUAAGUAUUGAGACGAAGAACAAUCCUCCUAGAUGGGGACAAGAACAGCCCAGAUGCCGCUAGAUAGAGGGGGUGCCUAUAAAGUGAACUUCACGGUUCUCUCUCACAGCCCAGUCCACUCACUGCUAGUCUCUAGCACAAAGGGACUUGCCCAAGGUGGUGUUGAAUAUAGCCGAGAGGACUGGAGAACUGUGACCCUUCCCUGCAGUGAUGCCAGCAGGGCCUGACUGCCAGAAAGGCACAGCUCUGAAAGUACUCGAGAUCCUGUUAGUGCUUGAAGAACAUGCUUUUCUGCUGGAGAGACUUCAGCUCUUGCUCACAUGGUUGCCAAGAUGAAUUCUAGAGAGACACAGAUGAUGUACAGAACACAGACCUUAACCAAAUGGUGGCAAGGGUUACACUUGUACAGACCAGGUUAUUUGGUAAAUACCCCACUAAGAGCACUUGGCUGUUCACAAAUCUUAAAUUCCAGUGCAAUGCCUAAAGAGGAAUGAAUGAAGCAGGUCUGGGGAGAGUUUCUGGUGCUUAAAGUAGUCACUGGCAAGAAUUCCUGCUUCUAGCAUGCAAGGGUUUUUAAAAAAAACAAAAAACUUUGAAGGAUGGAGAAGACAGAACUGCCUAAACUACUGGUUGAAUUAGUUUUUGUGAAAUGCAUGAGAGAUGUGUAAAAUGAAUGGAACUUAAACUGUAUGGUUUUCAAUAUGUGAAUUAUUUAAAAAUGGCUAAUAAAAGACAAUCUUUCCACUGUA